UAUUAAUAAUUUGAGUCCAUAUUUUUUGUGUCUCCCCAACAGACAAGCAGAAACAAAGACAAGCUGAUUGAAGAUUUUUCAUCUGUUAUGGUUGAAAACUGAAAAGGAGAUCUCCUCAUAUUCAUCACUCACCCUGUUGUGGACUGCUAAGAGAUGAACAAGUCAAGUUGAUCUGAGUAAGCUAUGAGUCAUAUUGUAUGAGAAAACUCAGAGAGAGAGCGCAGAGCAGAAAGUAUGCAGCAAACACAGGCUCGCAGCCGGACUGGGCAGCCUUCCUUGCUCUUCUGCGCUCUUGUGUUCAUCCCUGAAGGCAUCAAUGACAAUGAAAAUGCAUUUUUGCAGCGUGCUUAAGUGAGACACAGUUUCAUACUCACUGAAACAAUAGGUGUGGUUAUGAGAACCCCAUUUGAGUCUCAAUAGACCAACUAAAUGCAUGUACUAAAGGACACACGAAACCAUUAAGUGUAUAGACUCGCAUGUUGAAGAUAAUUAGCCAUGUGCACAUUUGGUCUAUAUAUGAGACCUGACACACUGUAUUUCAUGUCCAGUGAUGCAUGCUAGUGACUGCUUAGGGCUUCUCCUGAAUUAGGAGGCCAUGGUGUAUCUGGGGCUUCACUCUGUUUAGACAUCUAGAGGCAGGAUAAGCCCAGUCUAGGGGGGGCAGGGUAGGAGAUGCAGGGAGAUACCACACUGACCCCUAUGGGGUACAUGAGGUAGUACACAAGAAGGCAAAACAGCAGCUCUGAAACUGCUGGUUCCAAAGAUUCUUGCCCUUUUGUACAGUGGUUUAGGUCUGGGCUGGUAAGAGCAAAGCACGGCGUUCAAGGUCCGUCUCAGUCUGUGCAUUUGAUUGCCUCGCCCUGUCGACCCCCCACGACCGCAUCAGGAAACUACCCCCCCCGGAACACGUCAAUAAGCAUUGUGCUGUGCAUACGUUUUCAACCUGCUGUCGUCUGCCUGAGUGUGUUUUAAUAAAAACUAAUUAAAGGUAAAGAAAAUAAUUAGAUGAAUAACAGAAUCCUCCUGCCCUGUGAUAUUUAAUAAAUGAUAAAGGCGAGCGCCGGGGGAGAAUAGCCCUAAUUAGCAUUUACGUUGAAAAUGUUAAAGGUUAAUGAGAAAGAACUCAACUAAUUAACGAGCAGUUCAGCUGGGAUGCUGAGGCAGCUGGGUGAUUUGUUUUGUUCGAAUGGAAAGCAAGUUGAUUCAAAGCAUCUCACAAUAGCGGCCUGUGCCUUUCUAAGAGAAGCUUGGCAGCACGUUGCAAGGUGGGAAUGAUGAACGAGUCUGUCUCAAGCACCCUGCAAUGUGUUUAUAGAGCCGGGGAAGUUCUGAAGCUUUCAUAGAUCUGCAUUGCACUGCAAAACUGCAAGGAGCGGCUGGCAUCAUGACAGCGGGCAGUGCAGGUGACUGCCAUGGAAAUGUACUGGUCAUACUACGAUCACUGGGUUCCCACUGGGUGAAAAGAGUGACUAGAUCCUCUUUUUCAACAGUAUGUUGUCAAGAUAAAUACAGUAAAGGGACAUGGCCAAAAACACAAACAUCAGCAAUAUGAAGCACAAACUUUAGUGCAACGUCCUGGGUUGUUUUCAUGUGGCUGAUUCAUUUGUGACAUCAAUGGCACCCCUGACAUCUGUUCUGUAAUAUAUAAAAGCUGCAUCUCCCUGUUGUAUGUAAGUCUGUCUGAAGACUGAAAAAUAAAAAAAGAUUCCUGUAUGUGCCAUUCUGAAUACUUUGCUGCAGAUUACCAACCCAUCUCACUGCCACGGACUGUGCCGCCCUGGCUCCACUGUAUUGACGGUGUUAUGGCAGGUGUUUCUGGUUCUUCAAACCCACAGAUUUACCCAGGAAGCACUUGAACUUCAGUAAGCUCACCCGUUUGAUCCCUGCUGAUGAAUGCAGAGGAGAUCCAGUCUCCCUGUCACUAUGGCAACACGUUCAAGGACAACACUAAAUUGGUUUCAGCCUUCCGAGUGAAGGAUGCGCGACGAGAAACCUCAUCUUCUAAACAUCUGUCUUCACAGAAAGCAGAGCGCACUGGUUGAGAUUUCUAGCUGCAGUGGAAGGAGAGUAUCCCGGCAGACUAACACAGAGCUGGGAGAGCUGAUGAUGUGGUACAGCUCUGUUAUAUAACCCUAGCCAGGCCAGCGCACUUACCUAUUGUAAAUCCUUCCAGAGAUCCUGGUGAAAUGCGAGGACCUGAGCAAACCUGCGGCACGCACACACAGAGACACACACACUCACAUGCUGACACACACUGGCAGCAUUGAUUCUGCUGGGUCAAUUCAGCGGAGAGUCGUUCAAUACCAGCAGUAAACCUGUCUGACUACAACAGGUAAGCAAGCCCUCUUUCUUUUCUUCUGAUGUUUCGAAUGCUGCUCAUGACAAGAGGUUUGCAUAGGGAUAGCAGGGCGUAGUUAAAGAUGUUUCUAAAGAAGCCGUGAAAGAACCCAACACCUUGCUUUUGCAUCUGUUAGGCACUUCUGCAAAGACAGCAAGUACACAGGAGCGUGUGUAUGAUGAAGAGGUGCACUGCUCCACAGGGAGAGGUGUAGAUGUGAGUGCGGAAGUGCUCUACCAGGGGUGUAAUACAAUCAACAACAAUGUUCUUCUCGUUACCUGCUUUUCAUACCUGGCUUGUUGAGGUUUGUAAACAGGGCUGAGGCUAGGAAGAAAUACCAUGGCACAGCACAUAACACAUCCGGAUCUGUUUUCAGUGGAUUUGCACUAGGAAUGCUAAUCGAUAUUAGAUUAUUUCUUUGAGAGGACGGCAUUCUGUAGCAGAUGCAUCAUUCUUUUAGAGAGAUUAGUCAUUUAUUCAGGAGCCGUCUGUGCCAAUUGCCCUUCACCCUGUGUGACUCAGUGGAGCCUCUGACUUGCCGGUCCUGUAGUUCACAUUCCCAAAGUGUUUGCUGUGUGCACCCAGAGCGAUGUGCGGUUGCUGUUCUGUUAUCCUGUGCCUCUGCUUAUUAUACGCACAGAGUUCUCCUCGCAGUGCCACCAGCGCAGAAUGUGACUCAUCGUGACAUUUUGCAACACAAAUGCGUACAUUGCCAUACGUGGUUGCUGAACACAGACUGAAGGUUGCUGCCAGUUGCUAUCGGAAUCAAACAUGCGGAACACUGAAAGGUAUUCCAGGGAGCACUCAGGGUUCAGUGUCAGGGCUAUCCCUAAGGAUUAUUUCAGUGAGGUCCAGUUGGUCGUUGUUUCUUUCCCUGCAGUUUCUUCCAGGAUCCAUGGCAGCAUGUGAUGACCCGUCUGGGAUGUGGGGUACGAUGGCAGGCCAGCGGUUCGGCGUGCGUUCCUACCUGCACCUCUUCUACAAAGACUGCGCCUUCUCUCAACCCGAGGAAGAUCCAGAAGAGCCUGAGGGGACUCUGUCGUCCUGGGCCAGCUCCCACCCCCUUCUCUGGAGGGCCAGUCUCACCACAGGGGUCCUGGUUCUCCUGAUGGGAGUCGCGGCCCUGGGCACGGGGCUCCUUGUCCCCCCGAAGAUCGAAGGCUUUGGGGAGGGAGAGCUGCAAGUGGUGGACCAGGGAGCCAUUGAGUACAACCAGGCCCUGGAGCGCUGCGCCCUGGCUGGGGGGAUCCUGCUCACGCUGGGGGGCAUGGCGCUGCUGGCCUGCGUUCUCAUCUGCCCGCUCUGCAGCGUCCUGGAGAAACCCAAGAGUGAGGACACUCAGCAUCCACUCCUGAGGACGGGAGGACACUCAGAACCCCGACCCAGAGCCACAGUACUGACCGCGUCUUCUCUCGAUUCCAGACUCCCUGUCAGCCUGGCUCACAUGCAGAACAUCCAGCCCAGACCCAGAACAUAAACCCGGCUUCGCUGGACUCCUUCUGCGUUCCAAUGUGGCAGAACUUUGCCUCCAAGAUUAGAUGGCAUUGCCUGACAGGCCUGUCGUGAAAGGCUUUUAAGCCGCCCCUUAACUGAACUUUCUUCACUGAGGGUAGUUGAUAGGUGCGUCCUUGUGUCAUUGUUCCUGCAAGGUUGGCUUUGUUUCCGUUUUCUGCCUUAUUUUGAUUAAAAGCAG